AUGAAUAAAAGCCAGGAUGAACUUCCUUAUGAACUUGAGAACCAGUUUAUAUUGCGUCUGCCUCCGGAGCAUGCUUCUGCUGUCAGGAACGUAAUGCAUUCUAGAUGUGUCACCAUGAAGGAUAAACUAAAAAUUGACUUAAUUCCUGAUGGGCGUCCUGCACGUGUUGAGGUAGGCGAUGUUUCUCUAACUGCUAAGCUGGUUGAUUUGCCUUGUGUUAUCGGAAGCCUGAAAACUGUUGAUAAAAAGACCUUUUAUAAAACAGCAGAUAUUUCCCAGAUGCUUGUAUGCACUGCUAAUGAUGAUAUCCAGUCUUCUCCAGAAGAACCAGAGACCUCUACUGAUCCUAAAGAAAUAAAGAAAAAUGAAAAGACGAGACAGAAAAAAUAUGCCUGGAAGCACGGCAUUACUCCACCACUCAAGAAUGUCAGAAAGAAAAGGUUCCGGAAAACAGUAAAAAAGAUUCAGUGCGCUGAACCUGCAGAUGUGGAAAAGGAAGUGAAGAGACUUCUGUGUUCAGAUGCUGAAGCCGUCCAUGUCCGAUGGGAAGUCACUGGCGAAGGUACAACCAAGGAAAUACAAAGUCAAAGCUCCAUUCCAGGCUUUAAGAUAUCCCCAGGAAUGAGUGGCUACAAGCAGGGUCAUAACACAUUAGGAUAUGAUACGCUUUGGGAGAUGUUCAGACAUUCUAGCAGUAACGAUGAUGAGGAAGACAAGGAGAAGGAGGAGGAGAAGGAUGAAGACAAGAAAGAUGAUGAGAAUGAGGAUGAAGAUGAGGAAGUGGAGGAGGAACAUGAUUUUGAAGAGGAUCUGGAAAGGGAGCUAGAGGCCAGAUUUACUGAUUCUGGCCGGUAUGAGGCAAUGGAAGAUGCCAGUUCAAUAGAAAUGGAAAUUCACAAGCAGAUUUAUUACACGGAGAAAAAGCUCCAAGAGAUUAAGAACAGAGCACAAAGACAGAAGAAUCUCAUCAUGAAAGUGGAAAACCUGAUGCUCAAGAAUCAUUUAUACUCUGUGCUGGAGCAGCUUACAUUACAGGAAAAACAGAAAAAUGAGCAGCUCAUUUCCCUACAAGGAAAACUGAAAUGUUUUCUAAAGAAGUGAGGAGAGCCUUCAGCCUGGCAUACAAACCUUGGAUUCAUCAUCCCAAUUGAAGACUGGAUGAAAUCGUGUAUGCUUCUGUACCUUCUGUUGCCCUAUCAACUGUAUUUGUUUCUCUGAACCUUUUGGGGAGGUUAUAAUAUGUUCGAAGUUUGUAGUCACGUAGAAAGGGACAGUAUAAAAAAGCGGUAGACUUAAAGACCCCACUCAACCUCAAGACUUUGCUUCUCUUCCUCAAUUUGAGAAUUACUUAUAUUGCGUCUGUGUUGUGGUGCCAUCAGAUGAUUCAGCCAUGCUUGCCAAAGGCAGAUAGUCUAGCCUCAAGGCCAUAUAGCUGGUUUGCGCAUGUUUUAGCUUUGCCAAACUCUUGUUUAAGUAUUUCCUAAAACAGGAAAAAUAUCAAGCUAUUUAUACCAAGGGCUAGGACCUGCCACAAUGAAUUUAAGUGCCUACCUUGCAGCAGUUAAUACUAGGUUGUGUCCUGUCUCUGUUCAGGUAACAGGGCUGCUUUCCUGCCCAGGGAUGAUUUCUUGCUGCUGCUUAUGUUUGUUCUGUUGUGUUUUUAGGACUGUGGCUGGUUGUUAUUCACCAGCUAAGUAAACAGUUAGAGCAGAGAUGAAGAAAUUCCUAGCUGUUAUCCUUAUUCUGAGCCUUCUUAUCCUAACCCCAUCAGAAAAGGUUAGGAAAAACCAUAUGCCUGCAAUACCUAUGAAGACUUCCUUCACAACCCUGGGUUGUUUUGUUUUGUUUUUACCUGUAUUAUUAAGGUGUUGUAGUCUGUGUUCUUUAAGCAAUAAAUAAAUUCUUCCUUUUAAAUG